AUGGCCCAACACCAUGAACACACCUCUGUGUGGUGGCCCGAAGAGAGAAUCAAGGCCACUCUGGACACAAAGUUCAUCGUCAGCCGGCUUCGUCCCGAGCAUGUUCCGAAAUUGUUCGAUCUCCCCGAAUGGGGGGAAGGGUUGAGCAGUGAGACCUACAUGGAAUGGAUUUUGCUCAAGGCCGGUCGUCUAUUUCUCAUUCUCGAUGCCAUUGCUAUUCCCGAUCGCAUCUUCGCCCUCGUCGAUGAAUCCCGCGACGAUGACGAUCUCCCGUUCGCCGAGCCGCAUAUUGAUAUGCUGAACUUGUCUCCCAAUGGCAAUGACGCUGCUCUCGAUUCUCGAUUCUUCCAAACACAAUGGCGCUUCUUGGUGCGGGGAAUUACCGAGGGUGAGCAUGUCACAUAUACUGGGAACGAGGGUGUGCCCGUGGAAAUUGUGCGGUCCAUAACCAAUGGUGGAGUUCAGGGUCGGGAUGAUACGGUCGACAAGGUCAUCCUCGCCGGAUCCGUGUCUCGUAUGUUUAUGCGUACGCAGGUCCAAGUUGGUGGAGCACCCCAUUUCUUUUCCUCUGAAGAAGUCCUGGCCGAGGUCAAGAAGCUCCGGAGGCUAGCACAUCGCCACCUCGUCUCUCUUUAUGCCUCAUACUUCGUGGACGACACUAUAUGUGCGCUCUUUACCGGCGCCGAGACCGAUCGCUCUCUGCACAGCUUCGUGACAGAUGAGCCACCGAGCUUCAAACGCCUAGCCAAAGAAGAGCGCCGGCAAACAUUGAUCACCUGGCCACACUGCCUAGUAUCAGCAUUAUCCUGGCUACAUUCUCGCGGCUACGCACACGCCGCUAUCCGACCAUCCAACAUCCUUAUUGACCCCGAAUUUAAUAUCUACCUCGGCCAAUUCCAAGCCCUAGAUUCUCUCCUAGCACCACCAAAGCUCAACGAUCUCGAGUCAUACAACUACUCCGCACCAGAACGCUGGGUCCGCAUCGCGGCCCCCGUCCAACCAGCCGCAGCACCAAGCCGUACAAUGCUUCCCUCAGGAGGUCGUACAGCACGAAGAAGAAAGCCCGAAAAAGGCCUCUCCCCUCUCAGCGAAAACUCCCCAACAUCCCCAGACUUCUCACGCCCAGAGUCCGCAGCCUCAUCCGCCUCAAAGGGCACCGUAAUCCGCAUUGGCCUCCCGGGCUCACCAUCCCGCUUCUCAUUCGCCUUUUCAUCAUCCUCAUCCUCAACUGCCUCAUCAGGCCAAAGCGAAGUAGACUCGGCAAAACAACAACGCCUCUCUAUCUGGAAAAAGCCCAGAAAAAUGCUCUCAACCCCAUCCCUCUCCUCAGCCUACUCUUCAUCCUCCGGCUCAUCAGCCUCCUCAAUGACUCCCCCCGCCUCGUCAUCUUCAAACCCAACAGUCCUCAAUACUUGGAAGUCUCGCCAAUCAGACAACUCCACGCCCUCGGAUCUCUUCUCCCUUGCAGCCAUCAUCCUCGACAUCCUAACACACAUGUGCAAACGCUCCCAAUCAUCCUUCACCUCGCACCGAUCCGCCCGAAACCGGUCUGCAGGACGCGGCGGCGGAAUGGCAGAUGCCUCAUUCCAUCUCUCGCGGAAUUCAGUACAAGUGCAAUCAUGGAUUGCGCUCCUAGAAGGCGACGCACUGAAACGAUGUCGUCGCGAUCGAGGCAGUGAUAGAUACUUCUACGCUAUUCCGCGCAUGCUCAUUGUUCUACGGGCGAUGCUAGCCCCAGAACCGGAGAAGAGACCCAAUGCGCGGCGGGUAGAGAAGUGUUUUGCGAAUGCUAUUCGGGAGAUUCCGAUGUUACACGGUGAGGAGGUUCCGUUGCAUUGUGUCAAUCCGGAGAAGGAGGAGGCGAGAAGGAAAAGGGAGGAGGAGAGGGAGGCUAAGAAGGAGAGGGUGAGGGAGGCGGAGAGGGAGCGGUUGGAGGAGCUUAGGAAGAAUAAGGCGGAGACGAUUCUUUCGUCGAGUUCGGUAUCGGAAUUUGAUUUUGGGUUCUCUGCGGGUGGGAGUGAUAGUGAGACGGAGGAGGAUAAGGAGAGUGAUGCCGAGUCGAUGAUCAUCCCCGUGGAUCAAGUGUCUCCUCAGUUGUCGCUGCCGAACUUGGAUCUUCAUUUGAGUGGGAUUGAGGGAUUGUCAGUUCGUGAUUAG